CGCGCAUGGUGUCUCCGCAUGUGACGUAAUAGCUGCUUGUGCGGGAGUGCGAGCUCGAUAGGACUCGUAUGGGUACGGAAAGUCAGAGCAGGGGAUUUGUGGAUCACUUGUUCAACUAUUGAACAAUCUCUCUUGUCUGAGGUCACGAUAACAUAGAAAUGUCGGGGGAUAACGAAGAAACACAGACGACCGAGAACACACCAGUGGACGAGAAGCAGGUUCCGGACAACGUGAUCAAUCCUGAGAAGUCAGAGGAGGCUAAACUGAAGGCCAGAUACCCAAAUUUAGGAAAUAAACCUGGGGGCUCUGACCUGCUCCGCAAACGGCUCCAGAAAGGGCAAAAGUACUUUGACUCUGGAGACUACAACAUGGCUAAAGCCAAGAUAAAAAACAAGCAGUUGCCGACAGCUGCGCCGGAGAAGACAGAGAUCACAGGGGACCACAUCCCCACCCCCCAGGACCUGCCCCAGAGGAAACCUUCUCUAGUGGCCAGUAAACUUGCAGGCUGAUGCAAUCACAGCCUCAACAGUCUCCUUGAGCACCUCCCCGCUCUGACCCUCUCCACUCACAUCUCAGAGGUGUAACAUUACCUCUCCCACCCCUCACAGUUCCUGUCCCCUGCUUGUACCCCCUCCCCAGGGCCCGCACCUAGCAAACUGGCUAGCUGAUACAUUCAAAUCUUUUUUUUUUUUUUUUUUUCACGCCAUCUGGCGUCAUCUACUGCCUCCUAUCCUUGUUUUCCCCCUACUACUUCUCGAAAAUGACUGCCCCUCUGUUAUUUUCUUCUUACUUUUCCAUGUUUCCUUUUUAUUUUCCAUUUACUUCAAUGUAAGAUAUGCUGAAAGACAGGACAUCCAAGUGUGAGUGUGAUGAGCGAUUUGUGACACCUUUCUGCAACUAAUGGACGACUAAUACCACAGUUUUUACUGGCUGAAGAGAGUGGCGAGCAGCCCUUACAUGUUUAGAGGGCGUGCGUGCGAUCGUGCGUGCGUGCGUGCGUGCGUGUGUGUGUGUGUGUGUGUCCUUUUGUUUGGCACAGGGGCAGAUAUCAGCAUUUUACAAUGUUUAACAUGAGAUUUGUAUCAUUCACUGUAUGUCCUUAUUUGAAAUUAUGCUGUCAAUAUGCUUGUGAUUUACUGAAUAUAGUAAUCCAGAGGCCAAGCUCAGUGUUGUUUACACUUUGAUUGUGAGCCAUGGAAGGAAGCUGUACUAAAGGACCACACAACAAAGGCCAGAGUGUGAUAUGUAACUGCAUGUGUGUUGCAGGGGCUCCCGAAGGUGAACCUCACUGAACUCUAUUUUAAAUUUAUCAAAGUGUACUGAACACAGACAUUUACACAUGCUGGAAAGCUCAGGUGCAGCGUAUAAGCACUGGGUGAUCAUGUAGAUAAUGCGUUCAAGACAUCUUGAAACAAUAAAGAGUGAAAGAGGAUGAGCUGUUGCUUCAGUUUGAAAAUGUUCAACUGAAAUGUUGAAAGUUCGCAUUUUGUUUGUGGUCGGCCAUUCAUUUCAGCAUCCGAUUAUGAAACAGUCUGAUGACACAGGAACAUAACCAUGCUAGCAGAUGAGAGAGGAAUAUAUGGAACCUAAAAGAUACAUUUCUGGCAGUAAGGACCACUCUAAUGUCCUGUAUGCUGCGUGAUUAGACUAAAUGUAUGGUACAAAUUUUUUUUACUUGAAGCUCUUGGCAAGGAAUAAAUAAUGUUAUGAAUUGUGUUCAGACUUGGGAAAAGCCUCUAUACUCAUCAGUUAAAGUAGUUUAUUUUAAAAAUGUCCUUGACCAUGUAUAGUGAUUCUCUAGACUGGAUGAAGUUAACCUGAGAUGUGUUAAAUCAAAGCUAGCACAACAUCAGUCUGAGCUGCGCAUGUGUAUGGCUGUCCUACAGUUACUCUGCCAUGUUGUUUUGUAAAUAAAAUAGUUUUGGACAAAUGUUUAA